UGCGCCCUGGCUGUGGGCCGGGUGAACCCGGCUUCUGCACGCAGAGAGGCUUGGUUUGGGUCGGGCGUUCCCGGAGCCGGCGCGUCCUCCGCAUUUACGUGGAGCUCCGCGGCCCCAAGCGAGGACCGCGCCUCCGGAGCUGUGGGGCAGGAGCCCGCGUCUCCUCUUCCUCCCGCUCGGGCCCAGGCUGAGUCGCGGUUGGCCCGGCCCCAGGACGCCCCCCAUGGCGGGCCCGCGGGUCGAGGUGGACGGCAGCAUCAUGGAAGGGGGCGGGCAGAUCUUGAGGGUGUCUACGGCUCUGAGCUGUCUCCUGGGCCUCCCCUUGCGGGUGCAGAAGAUCCGAGCAGGCCGCAGCACGCCGGGCCUUAGUAUUAUGACCUGAAGGCCUCAGCAUUUAUCUGGACUGGAAAUGAUUCGAGAUUUCUGUGAUGGGCAACUGGAGGGGGCAGAAAUCGGCUCAACAGAAAUAAUGUUUACGCCAGAGAAGAUCAAAGGUGGAGUCCACACAGCAGAUACCAAGACAGCAGGGAGUGUGUGCCUCUUGAUGCAGGUCUCAAUGCCCUGUGCUCUCUUCGCUGCUUGUCCAUCAGAACUUCGUCUGAAAGGUGGAACUAAUGCUGAAAUGGCACCACAGAUUGAUUACACAGCCAUGGUUUUCAAGCCAAUUGUUGAAAAAUUCGGUUUCACAUUUAAUUGUGACAUUAAAAUGAGGGGCUACUACCCAAAAGGAGGUGGUGAAGUGAUUAUCCGAAUGUCACCAGUUAAACAGUUGAACCCGAUAAAUUUAACUGACCGUGGCUCUGUGACUAAGAUAUAUGGAAGAGCUUUUGUUGCUGGUGUUUUGCCAUUUAAAGUAGCAAAAGAUAUGGCAGCGGCAGCUGUAAGAUGCAUCAGAAAGGAAAUUAGGGAUCUGUAUGUUAACAUCCAGCCUGUUCAGGAACCUAAAGACCAAGCUUUUGGCAAUGGAAAUGGAAUAAUCAUUAUUGCUGAGACGUCCACUGGCUGUUUGUUUGCUGGAUCAUCGCUUGGUAAACGAGGUGUUAAUGCAGACAAGGUUGGAAUUGAAGCUGCUGAAAUGCUGUUAGCAAAUCUUAGACAUGGCGGUGCUGUGGAUGAGUAUCUGCAAGACCAGCUGAUCAUUUUCAUGGCAUUAGCCAGUGGAAUUUCCAGAAUAAAAACAGGACCAGUUACACUCCAUACCCAAACGGCUAUACAUUUUGCUGAACAACUAGCAAAGGCUAAAUUUACUGUGAAGAAAUCAGAGGAUGAAGAAGAUGCUUCUAAAGACGCUUACAUUAUUGAGUGCCAAGGAAUUGGGAUGACAAAUCCAAAUCUAUAGGGUAUUUGCCUUUUAAAUGAUACCUCAAUGAUGUAUUGCACUAAUCAUUUCAUAAAUAUUAUAGAACAAUGAAUAAGCAGUAACUUAUUAAAGGACCUGACUUAAAUUUGGAGAUGAAGUACAGAAAGUUCUAUAUUUGCUGAGAAUGCUUCGUCCUAUUAAUCUCACUUUGACUGUAUUCUGAGAUAGAUAGGGACAGUGAAAUUUAAGAGUUGGUGAAUAUGUAUGAUAGCUGAUUUCAGUAUUAAAGUAUUGAAAUAAAAUAUUCUUUUCACCUGAA